AAAAGAACAUAAUCAUUACCCCUAAUGAAUUCGGAUUUGCUCUUCGCAUAGCGCGCACCACACCAACGUCACAGUUCGUUGCAGCCGCGCAUAGGAAACAUCUUCCAUACAAACACGGACAUGUACAACCAAAGACCCUGGGCCAAGUGUCAGCACAAUUCGAGUUUCAAGGGAAGCGAAUUAACUCUUCGACUCUCAAACUUCCCACCCGCAGUCCCGUUUUCCUUGUGCGCUUUUUCUGCCUGCGGAUCCGCUCUUUUGUUUUCUUCUAUUUAUAUCAUUGGAUGCCUUGUGUGUUGUGUUACCACUUACAUUUCAGAGUUCAGAAGCCCUUCCUUCCUCGAUUGGGUCUCUUCUAAAAUCCAAAUUCCAAUGGAUGCUCUGCAGAUCCAUCGCACUAGUUCCACCUGCAUAUCGUCUCUAAGAUCGGCCAGUACUCCUCCAACUUUGGGACUACUGGGGCAAGUUCGCUUUGCUCCCUUAUGUAAUCGCAGAGGUCGAGUUUUUCUUCAUCGGACGAGAUCGGUUAGAGAUAGGAACGAAGGUGAGUUUCGUAGGUUUCGGAACCGGUCUUCUGCUGUUGAAGGAGAAGAGGAAACGGAGAUAAUACUUGGAGCAGAGAGGGAUGGUCGUAUUAUUGGCUUUCACCUGGUUCCUGAAUCUGGUAAUCCUUUUAAUCCCCAUGAUAGGAACGAAGACGAGUUUCGGGACCGGUCUUCUGCUGUUGAAGGAGAAGAGAAAACGGAGAUAAUACUUGGAGCAGAGAGGGAUGGUUCUAUUAUUGGCUUUCACCUGGUUCCUGAAUCUGAUGAUGAGGAAGUUGUUGACUCUGACUCUACUACCAGUGCAACAAAGACCAUAGAAGAAGAAAUAGAGGGUGUUAAAGGAGAGGAACCUCAAGUUAGAGUAACUCAUAACAUCGUUUUUGUAACUGCUGAAGCUGCACCAUAUUCAAAGACAGGGGGCUUAGGAGAUGUUUGUGCUUCUUUGCCAGUUGCACUUUCUGCCCAUGGGCAUCGUGUCAUGGUGGUCUCUCCAAGAUAUUUGAAUGGUUCCCCUUCAGACAAGAAAUUUUCUGGUGCAUAUGAUGUUCAAUGCCGUAUAAAGAUCCCUUGCUUUGGAGCACUGCAGGAAGUUGCAUUCUUCCAUGAGUACAGGGCAGGUGUUGAUUGGGUAUUUGUUGACCAUCCUUCCUAUCAAAGGCCAGGAAAUCCAUAUGGCGAUAAUUAUGGUGCUUUUGGUGACAAUCAGUUCCGGUUCACUCUACUUUGUCAUGCAGCAUGUGAGGCUCCAUUGGUAAUUCCAUUGGGAGGGUUUACAUAUGGUGAGAAGUGUUUGUUCCUUGUUAAUGAUUGGCAUGCAAGCUUAGUACCAGUCCUCUUGGCAGCUAGUUAUCGACCGCAUGGUGUCUACAAGGAUGCUCGCAGUAUCCUCAUCAUACAUAACCUUGCACAUCAGGGGGUGGAGCCAGCAGCAACUUAUAGCAACUUGGGACUACCACCUGAAUGGUAUGGUGCAAUGGGUUGGAUUUUCCCCAACUGGGCAAGGACACAUGCGCUUGACACGGGUGAAGCCGUCAAUUUUCUGAAGGGUGCAAUUGUAACAGCUGAUCGAAUAUUGACAGUUAGUGAGGGAUAUUCUUGGGAGAUUACAACUCCUGAAGGUGGAUAUGGUCUCCAUGAUCUCUUGAGCAGUAGGAAGAAUGUCCUGAAUGGGAUCACAAACGGAAUUGAUGUUAUUGAGUGGAACCCGGCUUCUGAUGAACAUAUUUCUUCUUGUUACUCUGUCCAUGAUCUUGCUGGGAAGGCGCAAUGUAAGUCAGCUUUGCAGAAGGAACUGGGUUUACCUGUCAGGCCUGAAUGUCCGAUGAUUGGAUUCAUCGGGAGACUUGACAAUCAAAAGGGAAUUGAUCUCAUUCAAUCAGCAAUUCCAGAGCUUAUGCAAGAUGACAUCCAAUUUGUUAUGCUGGGAUCGGGGGACCCCCAGUAUGAAGAUUGGAUGAAAGCAACAGAAUCUACCUAUAGAGACAAGUUCCGCGGUUGGGUUGGAUUUAAUGUUCCUAUUUCUCAUAGGAUAACUGCAGGAUGUGACAUACUAUUGAUGCCCUCAAGAUUUGAACCCUGUGGUCUAAACCAAUUGUAUGCAAUGAGAUAUGGAACUGUCCCAGUGGUGCAUAGCACUGGAGGGCUUAGAGAUACUGUAAAAAAUUUCAACCCGUAUGCUAAAGAAGGAAACGACCAGGGUACUGGGUGGACCUUUUCUCCAUUGUCCAAAGAGAAUAUGUUGGCAGCUUUGAGAGUCGCCAUUAGGACAUAUAGGGAACACAAGUCUUCUUGGGAGGGAUUGAUGAAAAGAGGAAUGGAGAGAGAUUGUACAUGGGAUAAUGCUGCUGUUCAGUAUGAGCAAGUCUUUGAAUGGGCCUUUUCUGUUCCACCUUAUGUUCAGUAAGCUCAAAGUUAUGUAGUGCAUUUUCCAAUAGAUUUUCCUUAUAAUUCAUUUUUUUUCUUAUUAUUCUUUUUGUACAAACUUGUCAAUAGCCAUAUAGGUGGGGUGGUGUUAUUUCUUCUAGGGGUGGCAAAUAGGUUGUUUCGGCUGCCAAAAUAGACAUGUGUAGUGCAUUGGUGGGUUAACCCAACCUCGAACCUUGAGGAAAUAUAGAUAAAUGUGUUAAACAAGCUUAGCAAAAUAAAUGGGCUAGCGUUUGAUGUUGAAAUUCUACGAGAAUGAUCUCACCCAAAUACGAACACAGUUCUUAUACUGAA